UCAGCGCCCUAACAUAGAUGGAACCUCUCUGAAUCUCUGAUAACCGUACCGAAGCGUUUGUACUUUGUUUAGUGAUUGUUUUACGGCUGAAAAUAGUGUUUUAGUACUUUUUUCUGGGCAAAAUGUUAAUUAAACGGUUAAGGUACAUCUUAGCGGUGUUUUUAGCUGUAUUAUUCUCCUGUCUAAGUUCAACCCAUUGUAGACACACCAAUAAUUGGGCUGUAUUAGUGGAUACUUCUAGAUUUUGGUUCAAUUAUAGGCAUGUCGCGAAUGUUCUUUCUAUUUACAGGAGUGUCAAAAGGCUGGGGAUACCCGACAGUCAGAUUAUACUGAUGAUAGCCGACGAUAUGGCUUGCAAUCCACGAAAUCCCAGGCCUGCAACCGUGUUCAACAAUGCCAAUCAGAAUAUUAACGUUUAUGGUGAUGAUGUUGAAGUAGAUUACAGAGGAUAUGAGGUGACUGUGGAAAAUUUCGUGAGGCUGUUAAUCGGUCGCCUGCCUGCCGGCACGCCUAGGUCUAAACAACUUCUUACCAACGAAGGAAGCAACAUCCUGGUUUACUUGACAGGACACGGUGGCGAUGGGUUUCUAAAAUUCCAAGAUUCCGAAGAAGUGACCAGUCAAGAAUUGGCAGACGCCGUUGAGCAGAUGUGGCAGAAGAGGCGUUACAAUGAAAUAUUUUUCAUGAUCGAUACAUGCCAAGCUGCGAGCAUGUUUGAUAAAUUCUAUUCGCCUAAUAUUUUAGCUGUUGCGAGCAGCUUGGUGGGUGAAGAUUCUCUUUCGCAUCACGUCGAUCCUGCCAUAGGUGUCUACAUCAUCGACCGGUACACAUACUAUGCACUUGCUUUCUUAGAACGUGUCCAGCCCAAUAGCACUAAAACCAUGUUUGAAUUCUUGGCUGUCUGUCCAAAACGCGUUUGCAUCUCCACAGUCGGCGUGAGGAAGGAUCUCUUCAAAAGAGACGUCAAAAAGGUCCCUAUUACUGACUUCUUCGGAGCGGUUCGCAAUGUUCAAGUUAUGGAUGAACCGUUGAACAUUCCAUUAGAAGAAAAUGAAAUUUCAUAUGUCAAAGAAGAAAAUUUGGGAUAUGAAGACAUAGAUUAUAGAUAUAAAUCAAUUUUUCCUAUUGUCAAACCUAGUCUUAGUAGUUAAUUAAAGAACAUUCUAAUUUUAUUAUUAAUAAACUGUGAUACCACCUCAAGUUUAUACUUAUUUGUUCAUAAUAAUUAUAUUAAUUCAUUAAUUUAUAGUUUUUUAAGCAAAUUUAAAACUUAGAAUAAAGGAAUAUUACUUCAUUUACUUCUUAUUUCUAAGUACAUCAUUAAUUAGUAUUUUUCUUAACAUAAAUCAUUUUCAAUGGAUCUACAACUCCUCAUAGUUAUUAUUUCUAGAUGAAAGUCUGAUCUAUCGCACAACUAAAUCAAUACCUCUGCCAAUGUUUGUGUAGUGCUUAUUCUCACAGGGUCAUACAAACUACUAAAGAUGAAAACCAUCAUAUGAUGAUCAAAAUUACUCAUAUGAAUAUAUAAUAAAAAAUAUGAAAUGAUACAUUUGAUUCUGGUUGGAAAAUAAAUUAUGUGAUCAUUAAACUCUGCAGGGGCGUCAGUGACCGCAGCGGUUAAGGCAUUGACAUGAUGCUCAUCGCGGUCAGAUAAAGAUCCCGAAUUCCAAUCUGGCAGCCCUGACUUCAAACCCAUCAUUUUUACAAAUGGGCUGUUUUUCAAAAAACACUGACACCCUGAGGGUUGAUAUGACCUCUACUGUUGCAAACCCUCGUAAAAAAAUAAAUAAAUAAAAUUAAACAUUGCGACAAAUUAUUUUAUUAAUGUAAAUUAUAAAAUUAGCCUUAUAUGUUUAGCCAUAAUCGACCAUUUUAAAUAUCUCAAUUAUACUUUUUAUCUAAGGUCUUAGUUGAGAUGAAAAAGAUAGUCACGGAACGGGGAUUCGAACCCACGCCCUUCGACUGUAGCAUGUUGACCAAUAAGUCAGGUCAAUAGAAAAUAUUCAAAUUAUUUUCGUCAUAUACAGUGAAAUUAUAUUUGCAAUAAUGGCUGUCUCAACUUUAAAUAUUGCUAUUUUGUAUUCAUUGUUUGUUAAAAGUUGAGUACCAAUUUAAUUUUUGAAUAAAUUGUAAACAUUCCACAAAAAGUUUUGAUUUAGAUGAUGGGUGAAAAAAAUUACAACAAAGCGUUCCAUGGCGUAAAACAUUUGUACAUCAACCAUUAAAUUUUAUUAAAUACAAUCCUUGUGUUAUUUAUAUAUACUUGUAAUUUUUUUUUUUUGUAACUUAUCUUUAAAACCUGUAAAUAUCAAGGGACCGAUCAAAUAAAGUAAAACAAAACAUA